AUGGAAGGAAGAGGAACAGAAGGGCGAAGCUCUCCAGCGCAAUUAGGGAAUCCGCCGUCGCUGCCGGGGCCAGGCGCUGUCGGAUAUACGCUGCCACCGGCCCGAUUUUUUAAUGAGGACAUACUGUUCUGCAUCGACGUCGGCCCAGAAACAAUGGUGGAGAUGAAGGUGGCGGCGGGACCUAAUGGUCGACCCUUCACUAGACUGGAGUCCAUAAAGCAGGCCAUACUUCUAUUUAUCAACGCUAAGCUCACCAUUAACCCCGAUCACCGCUUUGCCUUCGCCGCCCUGACAAAAACAUUUUCCUGGCUCCGGAAAGAGUUCAGCAGUGAAGUUGACUCUGCAACCGCUGCAUUGCAAGGAAUCUCUGUAGAUUCAUCUUCCAGUCAUGCAGAUCUCACUCAACUACUCAGAGUAGCAGCUCAUGAAGCUAAAAAAUCUCGGGCACAGAGUCGGAUCUUCCGGGUGAUCUUACUCUACUGUAGAUCAUCGGUAUCGCCUCAAUAUAAGCUCCCAACGACUCAGAAACUCUUCACAUUGGAUGUUGUUUACCUCCAUGACAAGCCAGGACCUGAUAAUUGUCCUCAGAAAGUAUAUGAUACCCUUGUGGAGGCCCUCGAACAUCUGUUAUCCCAUCCUCAGCAGCGUUGUGUGCAAGAUGACUUUGACGUACCCAAGACUUUGACGAAGAGAUCUCCUCCAGCGGAAUCAGCACCAGUGGAUGAAAAUGCUAUUGUGUCAAUCCAAUGA